AUGACUGGGCAGAGGACACAUGCGCUCAGUGGUUUGGAAGAAAUCCAUGGGGUCUGCAAGGAGAGCGUCCGAGGAAGAGGAGCAGCAGCCCCGGGUGCCUUUCUUGGUACCCCUGCACCCGAGGUGCUGGGAGACGUCCUAAGUGAGCAGUUUGGGCCCCUCCCAUUCAUGGCCGCCAUCACCAGGAUGAAGAGGCAGCCCUCUGGGGAGUAUCUUUCCACCGAGAACCUGGAGGAGGUCUUGGAGAGGAGGCAGGCAGCGAAUGCCAAGGAGCGAGAGAGGAUAAAAAACUUGAACAGUGGCUUUUCAAAGCUGAAGACUAUUGUGCCCUUGAUCCCCAAGGACCGGAAACCCAGUAAGGUUGACACGCUUAAAGCAGCCACUGAAUAUAUACGCCUGCUUCACUUGAUUUUGGAAGAAACCGGCGGUUUUGAGAAACUGGAAGACCCCAUGGAUCAGGAGUCAGCCAGCAGCGUCUCCAGGCCAGUCUCCCUAGAGGAAGGCCUUGUGGGAAAUGCCCCACUGCCCAGCAACGGCUGUUGCGUCAGGACAGAAAGCGACAUGAGUGUAGGCUGGACAAGCAAUGCCGUGGAGACCCCUGUGUACAUGUGGGGCCGGAGCAUCCUUCCUGCUUAUUUGGGGAUUGUGCAAAUCCAGAAAGAUGGCAGACUGGUGUAUCAAACAAAUCAGUAAGUUGGCAAGCUCCCCUGACCAGUCUGAAGUGUCAAACACGAUGGACACGCGCAUGAUCUUCUUUUCAAGUGAGAUAUAGUGAAAAAUUGAGUUUCCCUGGAUGGAUUUUUCUUUAUAAAAACUUUAAUUUAAAAAAUAAUCAAUAAACC